CCUUUUAAAUGUUGUAAUUGUACCAGGAUCCACUACUUCCUCUGGCAGCCUAGACACACUCUGAUGUCCAAAGAUGUUUGAACACAAACAGCGAAGGCAGUAACUGUGCAGAUUCGCUGCUGUGUCAGACAGCAAUACAGGUUUCUUUCUCUGAUCGUGUGGUCGCUGCCUUUGUUAUUCUUCCACCUUUUUAAAGUGCCGUUGUUUUGACCUUUUCUCCCCCCAAACAUCCAAAGAAUACAACACCACAUAAAAUUGUAAUUGCUGCUCCUGGAAUUUGAGGAAAUCACCUCCAACACCUCAAAAUGCCUCAAAAAAGGAGCAGCUCUUACAGCCACAAUUUUUUCCUGUCCUCCAUCCUGGAUUACCAUGGAGAGAAAAAAUGGUGAGGGUGAUGGGUUUGGAUUUCAACCUAGGAAUGAGAGACAGUGUGUGGGACUUUUGGGGAAACAAGAAAGGAAAAAUGGAAUCACAGGAACUGGAAUAAUCUAUUCUGAAUUUCCAUCCUAUACUGACAGUGAAUUACUUUUGCAAACUCCUUUUACAGGAUAAUAAAGGGGAGAUUUGCUCAAAAACCUCAAAACAAACUUUACAUCAAGAUCUGACAGAGUCCUUUGAUCCACAAGGAUCUGAAUACUACUGGCUUUUAAACUUGGAAGAAGAGAUGUUCAUCUGAUCUGUCUCCUCAAAGAGAUUUUAAACAUCAGUGUGAUUGGAAAAGUACUGACAUGCCUAAGUGGGAGUACCCCAGUGAAUUAACUAAGGAAAGAACUUUAACCAGUUAAGCAGUUUGAAAAAAUAUUGCACUAUUCAAGCUGGGAGAAACCUCACACACAUUCUGUAUGUGGGAGAGGCCUGCACUAAUCAUUCAACCUGGAGAAACACAAGGAUAUUAGCACCAUGGAGAAACCAUGGAAAUGUGAGGACUGUGGUAAAGGAUUCAAUUACCCUUCCCUGCUAGAAAUCCACCGACGUAGUCAUGCUGGGCCUGGGUCAAUGGAAAGACCAUGGAAAUGUGAAGACUGUGGUAAAGGAUUCUAUUAUCCAUCUCUACUAGAAAUUCAUCGACGAAGUCACACUGGGGAGAGACCCUUCACUUGUUCUGUGUGUGGUAAAGGAUUUACAAAGUCAGCAUGUCUCCUGUCACACCAGCGAACUCACACUGAGGAGAGGCCAUUCAUCUGCACUUGCUGUGGAAAGGGAUUCAGGCAGUCAUCCCACCUCACUGCACACCAGCAAGUUCACUCUGAAGAGAGGCCAUUCAGCUGCACCUAUUGUGGGAAAAAGUUCAGACUGCCAUCUGGCCUGACUGAACACCAGCGAAUCCACACUGGGGAGAGGCCGUUCACCUGCUCAGUGUGCGGGAAGAGAUUCACUUGGUCAUCCAGUCUUAGAUCACACCAGCAAGCACACACUGAGAAGAAGCCUUUCAGCUGCACUUACUGUCGAAAGACAUUCACACGUUCCUCCAGUCUCACUGAACACCAGCGAAUUCACACUGGGGAGAGACCAUUUACAUGCUCUGUGUGUGGGAAGGGAUUCACUGGGUCAUCCAGUUUCCAGAGACACCAGCGAAUUCACACUGAGGAGAGGCCGUUCAGCUGCACCUCCUGUGGCAAGAGGUUUAGGCAGUCUUCUGACCUCAGUGCGCACCAACGAGUUCACACAGGUGACAGACCAUUCAGCUGCUCAGUGUGUGGGAAGAGGUUCACAAAAUCUUUCACUCUACUAAUACACCAACGCACUCACACUGGAGAAAGGCCAUUCACCUGCACUGGGUGUGGGAAGGGAUUCACUCAGCAGUCCAACCUGCAGACACAUCAGAAAGUUCAUAAGUGUCUGCCGCCUUUGGAUGGUGCAGUUACUGCUUCUGUUGAACAUGUUCAGGAUUGCUUUCUCCCAGCCCUGGGGAGGCAUCGCCUGACGUCACGAGCAGGGACUGCGCAUGCGCCCGCCGUCCCGGCCCAGCGGCAAGAUGGCGGCUGUGCAGCCGGAGGUCGAGCCGCCCCCGUUCCCGGCGAAGAGGCUGAGAGCUGCAAACCCGGCCCCUGCAGAAAACUCCAUCUGGUGAAGAUCUGUUUCCAACAGAUUUUAUCUGUCAUGAUUGCAUCAUUUCUUCAGAAUGGGAAAGCUUCGAUCCACCAGCGUCAAGACCUGAUAGAGGCACCAAAUCCUUCAGGAGCAGAAUAUCACGGGCCUUUGAACAUGGAAGGACAAAGCACAGUACACAACGACGAGAAACCAUUCACGUGUUCUGUGUGUGCACGAGGGUUCAGCCAGUCAUCUGGCUUGUCAAAACAUAAAUGCAGCCAUACUGGGGAGAAACCGUGGAAAUGCGGUGACUGUGGGAAAGGAUUCAUUUCCCCAUCGAAACUGGAAACUCAUCGGCGCAGACACACCGGCGAGAGGCCAUUCACCUGCUCCAUUUGUGGGAGGGGAUUCACGCAGUCAGCGAACUUACUGACCCACCGGCAAGUUCACACUGGGGAGAGGCCAUUCACAUGUUCCGAGUGUGGGAAGGGAUUCGCUGAUUCAUCCAGCUUCCUGAGGCACCGGCAGGUUCACAGUGGGGAGAGGCCAUUCAACUGUUCUGAGUGUGGCAAGAGAUUCAUUCAGUCAUCCGACCUGCUGAGACACCAGCGAGUUCACACUGGGGAGAGACCUUUCAAAUGCCCAGACUGUGCAAAGUGCUUUAAAAGUUCGAGGGAACUGACAUGUCAUCUACGUGUUCACACUGAGGAGAGACCUUUUAAAUGUCCCGACUGUGAGAAGUGCUUUAAAGGCUCCAGGGAACUGAUGCUCCAUCAACGCAUUCAUACCGAUGAGAGACCAUUCAGGUGCUCUCACUGUGGGACUGGGUUCAAGCGGUCAUCGCACCUCACUGAACAUCAGCGAGUUCAUACUGGAGAGAGGCCAUUCACCUGCCUUGCAUGUGGGAAGGGAUUCACUCAGUCAUCCAACCUGCUGACACACCAGCGAGUUCACAAAUAACUGCAAUGAUUGAAUGUUGCAGUUCAUCACAUCCAGAACUGAACUGUCUUCAAUGGGACCUAUUUUUAUUAAACGUCAGGCCACUUUUAGGUUUUAAUAUCCUGGAUAAAGGAUGGAACUUGGAUGCAGUAACCUAUUUAUCUGAGAUUCCCCCAACCGGCUCUGCUAUAUCCUCCAGGGCACCUCCAGGCAGUGCAGGAUGGGACUUGGGUGCAGUAAACUAUUUAUGUGAGACCACCCCUACUGGCUCUGCUAUAUCCUCCAGGGCACCUCCAGGCAGUGGAAAAACAAACCAAAUCAGAAUCUGACAGCCUCUCAAUAAAUCAUUAACUGAAAGUCAUCGCAUGUUGAACAUGGAGGGAAAAAAUGCCUUUCACAAUGGAGAGAAACCAUUCACGUGUUGUGUGUGUGGACGAGGCUUAAGCCAAUCAUCGGAAUUGUUACAGCAUAACUGCAAUCACAGUGAGGAGAAACCCUGGAAAUGCAGGGACUGUGGGAAGGGAUUCAUUACCCCCUCAAGGCUGGAAACUCAUCGGCGAAGUCACACUGGAGACAGACCCUUCACUUGCUCCAAAUGUGGGAAGGGGUUCCCUUACUCAUCCAGCCUGCUGAGACACCAACGCAUUCACAAUGGGGAGAGACCAUUCGCCUGCUCCGUCUGUGGGAAGGGGUUCAGUGAUUCCUCCAACCUGCUUUCACACCAGCUCGUUCAUUCCGGGGAGAGGCCGUUCACCUGCUCCAUAUGUGGGAAAGGAUUCGCUCGGUUAACCAACCUGCGGACACACCAGCAAGUUCACAUGGGGAAGAAGCCAUAUCCUUGCUCUGUGUGUGGGAUGCGGUUUGCUCAAUUGUGGCAUCUGCUGAAACACCAACGGGUUCGCAAGGGAUCACAGAGGUUGGAUUCUGCUGUUGCCACUGCUGUAAGUCACACCCAGGAGUGAACUCUGUUCAUUCUCACAGUGGGUGAUGUGGAAGAUUUUCUUUCUGUCAGCCUGACCACCCAGCUUCAGUAA